CUCUCUCUGUCCCUCUCUCUUCCCCCCUAAGGUCCCAGUGGCUUCUCUCCUGUCCUCCUGUUCCUUCCCCCUCUCCCUCAGUCUCCCUGUCCUUCUGUUUCUGUUGUGUGUCGAGAGAGGGUGCUAGUCCAGUUAUGGUGUUGUUUAGUGGAUUAACGCUCUUUUGUCUUCUAUUCCAAGGACUCGUGUUUGUAAAAGCUGAGAUCAUUAUAUCAAUACAUGAGUUACAGUUCCAUUCUAUGCACCGAACAAGGGGUAAGACUCGCCUCCGGUUUGAUUCAACAGAUCGCCCCAUUAGCCUCACCCCUGGCCUCUCCUUUGGAUUCUCUUGUGAUGCAGCUGACCACACUGCUACCCCGUGGUACGCUAAUUCAACCAGUGUACCUUUGAGGGACCCUGAUAGUGUAGGAGAGUCACUGGUCUAUUAUUAUGAUAAAGGUACUGAAAGAAUAUUGACAUUCCAGUAUUAUAACUCGACCAUGAAUGGAAACUAUUCCUGUACUACUGCUAGUAGUCAAAGAACUUUAAUUAUUAGUGAAGGUGCUAUUACAGUGCUGCUGGAGUACCAAACCUAUAAUAAGGAUACAGUGGUUGGUAAUUCUCUUACUGUUACUUUACAGGUCUUCUAUGCUGGAAUACCCACCCCCUCUGCUGACAACCUGACCUGGUACUUUAACGGAGACCUCAUUACGGAUCAGCUUAGAUCAGAUCUUAGUAUAACACCUUUCACUAGUACCCUGUUCGUUAUCCAAGGAUUCAGUUUGAUUCAAGAUGGAGUCUAUCUUCUUAAUGUCACUACUUCAGCUGGUACUGCUGCCGCCAGUUUUUUCUUUGACAUUAAGUCUCGUCCUGCUGCUUGUUUCAUUACUUCUGGUAGCUGCCUCAAGCAAUGGGAGAGAACCAUGUCUUUAAAUUCUUCAUUUGUCCUCAAUUGUACUGAUGAUUCAGGGGACCCUCUCUCCACAUUCCAAUGGUUUAAAGACGACAUUAAUAUUACAGCAUCUACUAAUCCUCAGCUCAGUAUAACUCAGUAUACUGAUAGGAUAUCAUACCUAACUGUUACUAAUGUUAGUCCUGAACUGGCUGGCUCAUACAAGUGUGCCACUAAUAAUGGAAUAGGGAAGAGUCAGGCUGUUGCUGACAUAUUAGUUGAAUUUACUCCCAAUGUAUCACGGAUCACUCCAUUAAAUUCCUCUGUCCCUGUUGGUCAGUCUAUUCAGCUCCUGGUUCAUUUCAUUGGAGGCUAUCCACUACCAACUGUCACCUGGUACCGGUUGCUAGGCAUAACCAAUAGCAACAGGGUACCCAUUACUGACCCUAGGGCCAGUGCCUCGGGUCAGUACUCUCUCAAUUUAACGAUCACCAACUCCUCCUUGUCUGACGAUGGACUUUACUUAUUAAUGAUUAAUAACACUAUUGGAGCUAUUGAAAUAGAGUUUAAUGUUACCAUAUUAGUCCCACCAGUACUCACUAACUUAUCUUCUUUGGUUUUAUUCCAUCGUUCCUCUGAUUGUGCUCAGUUCUUGGUCAGUAUCAGUUCAGCUAAACCUCCUGUCACUUCAUCACUCAUUCAAUGGAGUGGCUUGUAUCAGUCAGAGAGAUCCACUGCCUUACUAAUGAAUGGUGUAUCUAAUAUGACCCUAUGUGGUCUGGUUACUGAUGACACUGGCCCUGUUACCAUGACUAUUACUCAUCCAGGAGCACCUAACAUCAGUAUCACCUUUCACCUAACUGUCUGGGGUCCUCCUCUCCCCCCGUCUAAUUUAAGGAUCUCUCGAGUCUCCUCUUGUAUUAUUUUACUUGAUUGGUCGAAUGUUUCUAUAGCCACACCCACACCUACCGCUGCCCCUAUUAAUAAUGUAAUAUUAAUAACUAGCUAUUGUGAUUCCUCGUCAAUGCUCUGCACUCAAGAGAAGGAGGAGCUAUUCUCUCUGUCUGUUAAUAACACUAGGCUCCACCUCUUACCUUAUAAGGAAUACACUUUUAGUCUCUUAUCUGUGAAUAAUCUGAUUGGUCGCGGAAUAUCAAGAAAUAACGGUAGUUACUCAACUUUAAGCGAUGGAGCAGGUUUCAGUCCAGUUGUUGUGUCUUCUAAUAUCACUGCCAAUAGUUCUUACUUAUCGAUCAGUUGGUUCCCGCCCACUCAAUCUAGUACUUGUUACAAUAUAUCCCAUUAUUCCCUGGACUGUUACAGAGGACAGGUGAGCGGAGGGAGGGGUGUGGCCCCAGUUUAUAGUACUAAUGUUACGGCUGACGUUAGACGUGAUGCAAUUCAUGUACACGUUCCUGUUAUGGCCCAAGACACGAGAUAUUACUGUUUAAUUAAUGUUAUUGUAUCUGACGUCAGUGGGGGCGUGUACUCACUAACCACACCCACUAAUAUGAGCGUCAAUACUCUACCAGUGGUGCCUCCUCCACCAGCCACGCCUACCUUCUCAGGACCCACUGAAACUGAUAAACCUUACACUGUCACUAUUAACCUCUCAGGCUUUAAGCCAUCCCUUCAUAACGUGGGUAUCAUUAGGAUUGGUGUUCUUAGAUUAGGUUCCUCCCCCACCCUUCCCUCAGGGUCCCCUGACAGUCUUUAUGCCUCAGAUCAGUUCUUCACUAGUUAUGAAGCGGCUCACCGACCCCAGGGAGGGGGUCCUAAUUCUAAACCUUAUUUUGCAGUUGAAUUAACUAUCGACAGUAUAGGAGACUCCUUUGUGGUUGGUAGUGAGUCUAAUGACACUAGGAACAACAAUAAGAGGAGGGAGGCAGCAGCUGUGUUCACUAAUGGCCCCCUGGAUGAUGAGAGUUAUUAUACUUUCUUCAUAAGAGCUUAUUCUCAUUCCCGGUAUGGGCCACAGUAUAAGAUAUACAGUUCAACUAGUUUCACAAGUCCCGUCAAACCAGUUUCUGGUAGCAGUCCAACUACUGAUAGACCCACCUCUGGCAGGAGAGAGGGAGGAGGAAGUGUUGGUAUAGCAGUGGGUGUGGUCUUCUUUGUACUGCUCCUGAUUGCUGUUGCUGUUACUGUACUAGUGGUUCUUAUCCUGUUCUGGAGGAAGAGUAAGCGUAAGGCUAGUACUACACUGUCUAGUGUUGAACAUGAUGGAUCAGCUUCUCCUCCUAGGAGCAACCAGUACACUUCUCACGAGGAGAUUAAGGCUAGAACUAGUUCCUUGUCCUCCAAAGACUCUCCAGUCCGUUCACCAGUGACCAAUGGCCCUCCAGUAACCAGUGGUCCUCCAGUGGUCAUUGGAUCAGUACCAGCGGCCACUAACCCUUGCUAUACCCAGGAAGAGGAGGAGGAGGAGGUGAAGCGUCCUCCAUCAGUUGAUGGUGAACCUUUUUUAGAUGAUGCUCUCUCAUUAUCCGAGUUCAAUCCUCCUCCUCUUACUCCUUCCUCUCUCACUUCUGCCGGACACGUUACCAUGGAUACCAUUGAUACCUGCAUCUCCAUGGAUACGAGUGUCAUCAGUAACGGUGCUGCUGCUAAUGGGUCCUAUUCUCCUAGUGAUUUCAAGCCAGGGGAACACGUGGGGAGGGAUGAGUUUCAAGAACACGUGGAGAAACUGGACAAGAACAAACAGGAGAUAUUUAAUGAGAUAUUUGAAUUCAUUAAUAGUACAUCUCCUGAUUACGCGUGCAUUGCCUCACUGGCAGCUCAUGAAUAUGAUCAGACUAAGAAUAGAUACAGGGACGUCGGAGCUUUUGAUCAUACAAGAGUCACAUUACAAGAGAUACCAGGAGUACCUCAUUCACAUUAUAUCAAUGCUAACUUCAUUAAGGGGUAUCACGAUGAUAAGCUCUAUAUUGCCACUCAAGGACCAAAGGAAGAAACUACUGAUGACUUCUGGAGGAUGGUAUGGGAACAACGGACCGUUACCAUAGUGAUGCUGACCAACCUGAUGGAGUCUUACAAAUCUAAAUGCCAUCAGUAUUGGCCAAGUAGUGGUCAGUGUUGCUAUGGCGAUAUAGCUGUCAGAGUGGAUCGAAACAUUGAACUCCCACACUACACCAUUAGAGGAUUUAAAGUGUUCAAUGAGAGGGACACGACAGAGAAGGAGAGAACUGUCCUUCAGUUCCACUACACUGCAUGGCCUGAUAGAAAUGUACCAGCACAAGCAUCUCAUGUCUUGGAUUUCUUAAGGGCAAUCAACUCAGCCAAUGAUAAGGAAGAGUAUGGACCAAUAGUAGUUCACUGCAGUGCUGGUGUUGGUAGAACUGGUACCAUCAUUGCAUUGGACAUUGCACUGGAGCAACUUAAAUUAGAAAAUAAAGUUGAUAUAAAAGGAAUUGUAACCUUCCUUAGGAAACAAAGGAAGCAAAUGGUCCAAGCACUGUGUCAGUAUAUAUUCAUUCACAAUGCUAUACUGGAGGACAUAGUGUAUGGAGAUACUGCAGUGACCAUUGAUGAGUUUAAAGAUCGUUGCAUGAAGCUACAGGAACCUACUCUCAUUAAUGAAGAGUUUAAUAAAAUAGGAUCAGUCAAACCACCCGCCCAAGCCUGUCCAGGACCCAGCAUAGUUCCUUUUGAAACUGAUAAAGAUUCAAAGUUCACUUCCUAUUAUCUUGACGGUUACUGGACCCCCAACCUCUUCAUCAAGAGUCCUUCCCCGACCAAAGAGACUGAGGAACUCUUCUGGAGACUGAUAGUCCAGAAUGAGUGCACUCAUAUUAUCAACCUCUCACCUGCUGAUAUCACUACGUAUUCAUACAUUCCUCCUGACGUUGGGGACAGACAAUUAAAGUUUGGCCCACUCACAGUCUCUGUUGGUCGUAAACAGUUCAACACUGGCUUCUCCACCAGAGAUAUCUCUAUAUUCAAUGAAGAGGAUUCCUCAACAUUGAAACUAAAGUACAUUCAAUAUCAAGAAAUGUUACUCAAGCAAUGCUUUCCAAGAGCUGAUAAAUUCAUAAAGUUUAUUCAAGGAUGUUUGGUGGAGGCGGAGUCUUGUCACCGUGGCAACCAUCCUAUAUUAAUACAUGACGAUGGUUCCAAUGGCCCUGUUGGUAUAUUUGCUACCCUGGCCUACUGCCUGCAAAGAGCCAAAAAGGAAAGGAUUAUUGACCUGCUCCAAUCUGCCAAUCAUCAUUAUCUACAGUGCCCUGGACUUAUUGUUAAUCUUCAGUUUUAUGCUUAUUGCUAUGACUGUCUUCUUGAAUAUUCUGACAAGCUCCUAAAGGAGGAGUCACUGCCCCCCAUAUAUGAAAAUAUUGCCUCCAUAAGGGGAAAAUUGGUACCUUCACCAGAACCCCUGGACGAGAAACACAAAGAGGUCAUGGAACUAGGAUAUGAUAUAUUGUAACACUCUUUGGAUAUAAAUUAUUUUCUUUAUUGACUUCUUCCAUAAUUUCUUGCACGGCCUACACUACAGUUUGUAUAAAUUUGUCUGUUUGUUUGUUUGUUUGUUUGUUUGUAGUUACAUUAUUUUAUGUCAAUAACCUGUUGCUAUUCUUGCUUUAAUAUCUCUUGUUACUAUUAUUAUUAUUAUUAUUAUUAUUAUUAUUAUUAUUAUUAUUAUUAUCCACUAUCUUUUCCCACUACAUUUGAACAAAGACACUAACUUUACAAUACUUUCAA